UUCCAUAGUUACCAAUACAAACAAACAAGGCAAAGAAAGUUUUCGAAUUGGUUUUUAUUUUGAAGUGCAAUGAAUGAUCCAAGGAUUAGUUUUUUCAUAAAUAUCUCAGGUUGUUACUUAGGCACCAAUUUCCUAGAAGAAAAUUGGGAAAAGGAUGUAAUAGGACAAUCAUUAUUGUUGGAUUUCUUCGAAAACAUAAACAUUAAUGUAGUUUACUCCCUUGUUGAAGAAAAAGAUAUUUCGAAAAAAUUGAAAUUUUGUAUAGAUCUAUCUUCGGAAAAAGCUGAGAAAUUCGUUACUUUCAUAAAAAUUAUUCCUACAAUUAUAACAUCAGAAAAUGUGAGAGAUAUUGUUCAAAUAACAUCCGUGGUCGGAUCACCAACAUUGGCAUUGUAUAACACAUUGACAAAUGUGUUCUUUCCAAUUCUUGAGGAAGACGAUACAGGGUUAUUAAAGAAGCAAAUCCUGACCUUACAAGCCGAUCUUCGUUCAGCACUGAUAUCAUCCGAAGUUAACAGUUCUGACUUCUUGAAUAGGGCGGAUGAAAAUUCUCUCUUAGUGGUACGUUCACUCGAACAUGAAGUAGAAUUUUGGAGUAAUGCUGUAAAGUUUUCAAAGGGAGGAAUAAACAAGAGCACCAGUAAUGCUUUCAAGGAUAUAUUGGAACCUUUUGCUAAGGAUUUCAGAUUAAUAGAUACUUUAACACCUUACGAAGUGGAAGAAGUGUUAGAGCUGGGUCAUAACGUCCUUGACGAUUUAUGGCGUCAUAAACCCCAUUAUCACAAGGACCGUAUGAAGAAUUUGAUGGAUAUUGUCGGUAAUGGAGUGUAUGCCUACUCCGUGAAAAACCUAAAAAAAAUCGACGUCCUAUCUGAAGAAUACGCUAGCGUAUCCGAUCUUCUGACGCAACACAUUUCUCUCGGAGAAAAAUGGCUGUCUAGCUGCAACAAUUUGACCCACAUAUUCUGGUCCAAUUACGCCGAUCACAUGUGGGAUGAACCGCCUUACGAAGUUGCGGAUUUGAAGAAUUUCGUUCACAGGUUGAAAGAGAUUUUGAGCAUAAGAACUGUCCACAAACAAUUGAUCAGACUGCUGACGUCUCAAGAACAACGAAACGUUGAUGCCGAAACCAUUUUUUCACCGUUGAGAGACUUGAACCUUUAUUCUUGUGGGCCGCACAACGAAUUGGAAUGGAUCAAAUCGAAGAAGGAUUUCGAGCAAAUGUUGCAGCCGGCAGAGCAACUCGUUGGCAACAAGCUGAAGAAGCAGCUGUCAAGCAUAAACGCAAAUACCAGACAACUCCUCUAUGAAUUCGGAAGAUACUCAGAGCUCAUCAGCAGACCUUCCCUCAAGCAAACUCUACUGGCUGAGCGUCAGUAUCUCCUGACGUCCUUGCACGAUUACGUGAGGCAGCUCCAGACGCAAACUUCAGCAGAUAUGAACUAUUUGAGCUACACCGAAACUCCAAUGAUAGUGAAAGAGCUGAUGAUGACCAGGCAGUUGGAAUCCAGGGCCAAAGAGGUGCUGACCACUUCUGAGCGCCUACUGAACGAUCUUCAAGAGUACGAGAACCUUCAUUCGACAGUCGUCGAGUUGAUGAGGGAGCUGAAGAAGCAGCAUAUGGAGCUUUUCGACUCUUGGACCAGCGAGAUCACCAGAAGAAUCAACGAUAACACUCUGAGCCUCAGGGAGUCUGAUCCCGUCAUACAAUUCUCCAAAGACAAACUGAUGAAGGUAAACUACUCCCCAAGGUUGGUUCUCCUCAUUAACGAAGUGAGACAGCUGAAGGCUCUCGGUUAUAACGUUCCUGGAAAUAUUUGCGAUACAGCUGAACACGCAAAAAAAUUCAUGCAUCUAGCCAAAGUACUGGAGCAGAUUGCCAGUUUUCACAACACUAUCGGAGAUCGGAUGAUUGCCUCUCAGAGACCAAUGAUGUUGAAGGGUGCCAUGGAUUUGUGGAAGUUGGUAGAGGAACAGGAGGUCGUGUCUUGGGGCGAGACACGUUCCAUUGAACAUUACGUGGAAACCUUGAAGAAGGUGGUUGAAGAUUUAUCCAGUCAGAACAAUCUACUCACUUCGUACCACUGUCAGAUAAUGGAGAAGAUAAACCAGUUGGCCGAAGUAGAUUUGAUCACCAAGUACAGCAAGUGGAAAGAUACGGUGAAGGAAAUGAAGAAAAUCAUAUUGCAAGUGGAGGAAAAGGGGUUCCAGAACAUGCACACCUGGAUCGCCGACAUAUCGAAGCAACUGGCGAAGGUCCUUGAGAAGCAGUACAUCCUGAGCCUGGACAAGCUACACCUUUACCUUCCGGAGAUUCACGCGGACCUCGUCUACAGAAAUUCCGAGCUGCACUUCUCUCCCAGCGAGGAGGAGUUGAAGAGCAAGUACGAGCAGCAGAUGCAGAAGUUUCUGGACAUACCUAAGGGGUUUUACGCCAUGUUCGAGUUUGGAACGAACGUUUUCCAUGAAAUUGUGGAAAGGAACAAGACACAACUGGACAAAACGACUUAUCAUAUGGUAGGGUUGUUCAAUCAGCUCCAGGAGGUGAUAAAGUAUUGGCAGAGUUGGUUACAAAUUGGGGAAUUGGACGUGAGUAAAUUGACGAUGUGGCAACACUGGGAUCUUCAUUUCAAGCUUUCCAAAACAUUCGGGCAAGAAAUCGCAAAAUUACCCAGUACCGAAGAAAAGGUAGGUUGCUUCGUUGUCGGCCUCUCGAGGCUCAGAUCUGAUCUGGAAUCCCACAAUCGAAGCUACUGGGAUCAACUGGCAUCUUCCCUGAAGAACUCCAUCGCGCAAGACGUCGUGGCACUGCAAAACUUUAUAGAUCCAGCCACUGCCACCUUGACUAAGCAGUCGGUUACUCUGGAAGAAAUUGCAGAAUCUGGAGCUAUGCAUAUCCAUAUCUUGAAGCAGGUUCCUGAGAUGGAUAAGACCUACACGGAGAUGAUAAUGAAGUCGAAAGUGUUAUCCAGUUGGACUAGGGAACAAGUGGAUUCCGUCAACAGAUUGAAAGGUGCCUGGGAACGUUUGCAGAGUCUACUGGAGAACCAUCAGCACAUUGUAGCCAAACAGAUGGAGACAAUCAAGACAACUCUACAUAUCGAGAGUGAGAAUAUGGAUAGAGAGAUGGAACGUUUCUAUGCCAAAUGGGAGCAAGCCAAACCAAAAGCCUUGAGUGGUGAUUUAGCCGACAAGAACACGGAAGAACUGUUCAAUCAACUACAGGUUAUGAAAGAGAAGAGAGACCAAUGGGAAGAAAUAGUCCAGUCGAAGAACAAACUGAUUUCCGAAUAUGAGAGGUACAGCCUGAGUCCGAAGGAGUUCCCCAUGGAAGAGGAGAUCGAGAAGGACAUACGAGAAGUCUUCGAGACCUGGAGUCUUUUCGAAGAGUUCUACCAGGGACUAUCCAGUUUUUACGCCGAAGAAUGGAUCGUUUUCCGUCGCAAGAUGUACAGGUUUGAGGAAUUCCUGCAGGAAUGGCAGGGUAAGUUGGCGGGGAUGGAACAGCAGGACGUGGUGGUGAAGAUUGUCCAGGAAAUCACCAAGUUUGGGGAAACUUAUCCUGUUCUUAAAUUCGUGAGAGGAGACGAUUUUACGGAGAAACAUUGGAUGGACGUGUUCGGCAUCCUUGGGAUGGCUCCGAAAUCUAUCGAGGAGUUGACGUUGAAGGACUUCUUGGAGGUCGCGGAUAGAAUAAAGGACAAAAGUGGAGAGUUACAGGUUAUCUCGAAGAAGGCUGCGAGCGAAAUCGUCGUGAGGCAGGCUCUAGCAGAGUUGGAUUCGUGGGAGGUACAGUCGAAAUUCAUCCUGACAACUCAGGUUGAUUCUCUGGGGAACAGCAUCACCGUCAUCAAAGAUUUCAAGGAAUUGUUGAACAAGAUCGGAGACCAUCAGAGCUUGUUGCAAUCGGUUAAGAAUUCAGCGGAUUACGAUAGUUUCUCGGAGAGGGCUGGCCUUUGGGAGACGAAACUGGUCGAUCUGGACUUUUACCUUACUUCUCUCGUGCACAUUCAGAGGAAGUGGUUAUACCUGGAACCAAUCUUCGGAAGCGGUACUCUGGAUUCGGAACGAUCGAGAUUCGAGAAAGCCAACAAAGACAUCCGUUAUCUCUACAAUUAUAUCGGCAAAGACCCUAGGGUUUCCUCCUUGUUCAGGUUUCCAAAUCUGAGAUCUCUACUGGAGAAUCUACGCGAUCAGUUUUCCAGAUGUCAACAGAGCCUGGAUAACUUCCUGGCGGACAAAAGGAACAAGUUCCCAAGAUUCUUCUUCCUGGGCGACGACGACCUGCUGGAAAUCGUCGGGCAGUCUAAUAAGGAGCAAGUGAUACAGACGCACCUCAAGAAAAUAUUCUCUGGGAUCAAUGGUAUACGACUGAACGAAAGCGGUGACAACAUUGUGGCCAUGUGUUCACUGGAAGGCGAAGUGGUGCCAUUAACGAACAGCGUGAAUAUCACCAAACCAGUGGAGGAAUGGUUGAACGAACUGGUUAGGGAGAUGCAUCUGACCAUCAAGAAUCUGCUGGUGCAAUGUUUGGAGGAUGGACAGGCUAUGGAUCCAUCCAAGUAUCCAUCGCAGGUGCUGUGUCUGGCCAACAGCAUCAAUUUCACGCUUCAGUGCGAGCAGGCUAUAGCCAGUAUGACUCUACCUCCGCUCCUAGCCAAAUAUAAGACAAGGCUGAGUCAGUACAACUCCUUAGCUCUAGAUUUCGACAAAGAUGAAAACGACAAGACCGACAAAGAAUCCCACGUCCUUGAACUCAAGUUGAAAGCCUUAAUUUUAGAUACCAUACACCAUAUAUCGAUAGUGGAAGAACUCUUAGAUGUGAAUACAACCAAAAUCACAGAGUGGUCCUGGCAGAAGCAGCUGAGAUUCUACUCGAAUUCUCUGGGCGAAAUCACUGUUAAAAUGGCGAACGCAAGGAUGGAAUACGCCUAUGAGUAUCUGGGCAAUGCAACACAACUAGUCCGGACCCCUUUGACCGAACAGUGCUUCAUCACCUUGACUCAAGGUUUGCAUCUGGGCAUGGGUGGUAACCCUUACGGGCCUGCAGGUACUGGAAAAACUGAGUCGGUGAAAGCCUUAGGUGCCCUCCUAGGCAGACAGGUUCUGGUCUUCAACUGCGACGAGGGUAUCGACGCAGCUUCUAUGGCGAGGAUUCUAUCGGGGUUGGUACGUUGUGGCGCUUGGGGCUGUUUCGACGAAUUCAACAGGUUGGACGAGGCUACCUUGUCGGCCAUAUCGACCUAUAUUCAAUCUAUACAGGUGGCACUUAAGAGCAACAACGCCAAACUUAGGUUGCUGGACCAAGAUAUCAAAUUGAACAAGCACUGUGGGAUAUUCGUGACUUUGAACCCAGCCGGUGGUGGAUACGGUGGAAGGAACAAACUCCCAGACAACCUCAAACAGCUGUUCAGACCUGUGGUCAUGACCCAUCCAAACCAUGAAUUGAUUGCCAAGUCGUUACUCUUCUGCGAAGGCUACCAAUCAGCAGACCUGAUCGGGAAGAAAUUGAUAGAGGUUUUUUCGUUAGCAAGCAAGCUAUUGAGCAAGCAACAACACUACGACUGGGGUUUGAGAGCCAUCAAAACGGUCUUGACAGGAUGCGGUAGGACCAAGAAGUCCUUCGUACGAAACUCCAAAAACACCAAUAUCGACACAGCCGUAGAAAUAAGCUUAGCUGUUAACGUUUUGCGUGCGGACACUCUGUCCAAACUGACGUUUUCGGAUAGUUGGAAAUUCGAAAAUAUCAUCCAGCAGGUGUUUAGAGAGGUCGAUAUCCAGAAUAUAGUGGACGAAAGGUUGGUGAGGGCUUUGGAGGAGAGUUUCGUUGAACUUGGAUUGGUUCCAAACGAAAGACAGCUGAAGAAAUGUGUGGAGCUGUACGGUCAGCUGAAGCAGAGGAUGGGGGUUGCUAUAGUUGGACCUCCGAGUUCUGGGAAAUCCACGAUUCGGAAUUUACUCCGGAAGGCGUUACUGAAAAUGGGGGAGAAUGUGAACCAGAACGUUUUCAACCCCAAGAGUAUAACGAAGAACCAAUUGCUGGGUCAAGUAGAUUCUAACACGAGGCAGUGGAAUGAUGGAAUCCUGACGAAGUAUAGUUUGCAAGUGACAUCGGAAUCGCCAGAUGUCUGGUCUUGGAUUGUUUGCGACGGAGACGUUGAUCCAGAAUGGGUGGAGUCUCUAAACUCUGUUCUAGACGACAAUCGCCUUUUAACUUUACCGUCCGGUUGGCGCAUUCAGUUCGGACCAAACGUCAAUUUUUUCUUCGAAACCCACAACUUAGAUCAGGCUUCACCGGCCACGAUAUCGAGGAUCGGUAUAGUCCUCCUGAGCGAGCAGGAUCUGAACGUGGACGACUACGUUAGGAACUUUGUGGACUCGCAGUCCGAGGACUUUAAGAUGGCAAUCGGACCACUGAUAGAUGAGUACUUCAUGAAGUGUGUGAAUUGGAUCGGUGAGAAGGGUGAAACGUCGAUUCCCUGCUCCAAACUGGCCAUCGUGAAAAUAGGGUUAUCUCAACUGGAACCUGUCAGGAAUAAGCAAGCUUUCAUCGUAGCUAUCGUCAACGGAUUAGGCCAGUUGCUCCAAAGAGAUUUUCGGGAACUAUACGCCCAACAGGUCUUCGACUGGUUGAAUGAAACUCCUCCGCCUUUCGUAACGAGAUGUAGAUACAACCAAGAGAGGGAUAUGAUCGAUGCGUACGUUACCAAUACCAAUCUGGUGGUCGAUGAUGAUUUUGGUUCUCUUCCCUUGGCGGAGACUGGGCAGAUAUGUCAGUCUCUGGACGUGUUGAGAUUGUGGAUUGAGUCGCAGGGUAGUCAUACGCUUUUGAUUGGUCCUCAUGGAUCAGCUAAGACAUUGAUGAUUAAAAAGUUGGUUGAGAACAUCGAUGCUGAGCUGAUCGACAUUCACUGUAGCACCACUGUUCAACCAUCUUAUGUGAUAAAUAAAAUUUCUGAACAUUGUUUAUCCGUCAACACCAACAAGGGCAAAGUAUUCAGACCGAAAAAGGGCAGACUGAUCCUCCACUUCAGAAAUAUGCACCUUCUCAAACCGGACAAGUGGGGUACAAACAUUUUAAUAGAAUUCUUAUAUCAGCUGAUCACCUAUAGGGCUUUCUUCGAUGCCAAUUUGGAAUCGAUUACCUUGGAGAAUACGACGAUUAUUGGUUCGCUAUCAGCCAACAACUUAUUAUCUUCGAGGUUUACGUCUAUUGUCAAUAUCUACAAUAUAGACUCACCAGAACAUGAAGACCUAUCCAUCAUCGUUACAUCUUACUUGAGUAGCCUCCUGAAGAAAGCCUUUCAAAACGAUCACGCUUGGCCAAAGAUCAAAGUGGCUAAGCUAGCCGGAGUGUUACAGUCCACUUAUGAUGAGAUAAGAGAGACUUUCACUAACGUACAGCAGAAACAUUACAGCUUCGAUACUCAUGACUUGAAGAGAUGGUGUAGCAGCAUCCUUAGAUAUCGCAUGGAACAGAAUGAGGAUACCGAUGAAAAUUUUAUAGUCAGAAUUUUCUAUUACGAGGCUAUAAAAUUAUUCGGGGAAAAAUUGGUGAACGAAAAUAGCUUCAACAAAUUCAGGGAAAUUCUAAACGUCAAUUUUCGGAAAGCCUACGAUUUCUCGAGCAUUUUAAAGAACUUUAACCAGCACGUUCAUGUGCCACUUCCUCAAUUUUCGAAAUCUAGAUCGAAAUCUCUCUCCAUAUUAUCCGUGGACGAAUGGACCUCCAUAGUAGAGAAAGGGAGGAUCCAGUUUGAGAGAGAUGGUGGUCAUAGCAUGGAUGUUAUCAUGACGAAAGAUCUUCUAUAUCUUCUGAGCAGCGUAAAUAAGGUCUUGACUAGCGCUGAUGGACAUCUGAUGUUGAUCGGUCGAAGUGGAUUGGGGAGAAGAACAUCAGUAAAAAUAGCAUCUGCCCUUUAUUCCGCGAAAUUGAUAGUGCCAAAUUGUGGAAAAGCUUACCAAUCUGGCAGCGAUCUCAAAUAUGCGGUUCAACAAGCUGGCGUUGAGGGCGAAGAUGUUUAUCUGCUUCUCGAUGACAACACGUUGAACGAGAAGGAGACCCUGAGCGCCAUGGAUACCCUCAUAUCGUCUGGAGAGGUUCCAGGUUUGUUCAAUACUACGGAACUAAACUCCUUGGUUUUGGCAUUGGGCGACGAAAGAUCGAGGGAAAAUUUCGAAGGAAGUCUCAUUCAGUUCUUCGCCAAAAGGGUGAAAGAGCAUAUUCACGUUAUUGCCUGUGUGGAUGCGGAGAAUGAGAAGCUGCAGGAAAUAUUCGAAAAUUGUCCGAGCUUUAUUUACAACAGCACGAUAAUUUGGAAGGAACAACUCAGCCAAGAAAGUUUGGAAAUAUUGCCCAAAAUGAUUAUUGACAAAUCCAACUCGAAGGACAAAAGCCAUGAAAUCAAGGCAACGGAAAAAUUCACCGAUAUUUUCGAAAUGGUCGAUACAAGAGUUAAGAAUCCAAGGAAAUACAUCCAGUUGAUACAGAUCUAUAUGGAACUCUACAAGCAGAACAUUUCUGUUAUCGCCACUAAGCAGAAGAAACUGAAGGCGGGCGUUGCCAAAUUGACCGAAGCGAAAGAUUUGGUGUCGGAAUUGAAGCAGAAAGCGCACGUUCAAGAAGAAAGGCUGGCAGAGAAACAGAAGAAGGCUAAUGCAGCGCUAGAUAUGAUUAGCAGCACCAUGCAGAACGCCAAUGUCCACAAAGAAAAGAUGGAGACUUUGAAGAUGAGAACGGAAGAGGAAAACCAACAGCUGCUGAGAAGGAAGAAGGAGAUAGAACUGGAGCUGGCGGAGGUAGAGCCCCUGAUCCAGGAGGCCAGAGCCGCGGUCGGCAAAAUAAAGACGGAAUCUCUGUCGGAGAUCCGUUCACUUCGCGCACCACCAGAGGUCAUCAGGGACAUACUGGAGGGGGUGCUGCGUCUGAUGGGCAUCCAGGACACCUCCUGGAACAGCAUGAAGAACUUCCUGUCCAAGAGAGGGGUGAAGGAGGACAUCAGGUCUUUCGACGCGGGCCGCAUCAACCCAGAAAACCGCCAAGCGGUGGAGAGACUGAUGUCGACCAGGAGCGAUUCUUUCAAUCCAGCCUCGGCCAAGAGGGCUUCCGUGGCAGCCGCUCCGCUUGCUGCUUGGGUGGCCGCGAACGUCAAGUAUUCGCACGUCGUGGAGAAGAUAAAGCCGUUGGAGAAGGAGCAGUAUAAGUUGAAACAGAAUCUGAGUUCAGCGGAGGCGCAGUUAGGAGAACUGAACGCUGAUCUCUCGGACGUGGACGACACUGUCGCCAAAUUGAAGGCUCAGUUGUCUGCGUAUACCAAAGAGGCUGCAGAGAUUGAAAUCGACCUGAACAGGGCUCGUGAAACCCUCUCCAAAGCUGAGGCAAUGGUCGAUAAACUAAACGACGAAUUCAAGAGGUGGCAAGAGCAGCUGAAAGAUCUUCUGAUCGAAAUACAGAAGCUUCCGAUUUGUUGCCUUCUGUCCUCCGCAGUUAUAACCUAUUUGACUUCGAAAUCUGAAAACGAGAGAAGGAUAUUAUUGGACAAAUUCAUGGAGGUGCUAGGGGAAGACAAGUACGAUUUCGAGCAAUUCAUGUCCACCAAACGGGAGUUGAUGCAGUGGCAGGCUGAAGGAUUGCCAAACGACAAGCUGUCCAUACAAAACGCGAUCAUGAUAACUAAGUCGAACAUCAUACCGCUCUUGAUAGACCCUACCACUAACGCUACGAGUUGGACGAAGAAACACCUCAAAGAUAGACAGAUCGAAUGUGUCACUCAGGACGUUCAGAAUUUUGCCAGUGCCCUUGAAUUAUCUGUGAGAUUCGGGAAAGUGCUUCUCGUGGAAGAAGUCAACAAUAUUUCACCCCUUCUGUUGAUUGUAUGCCGAAAACAGUUCAUAUAUCAGGGUGAACGACGCUUGAUUUCCCUCAACGGAAAGUUGGUAGAUUACCAUCCCGAUUUCAAACUGAUACUGAGCAGCAGAGACGAAAACCUCCAGGUACCAUCCCACUGCACCGCCUACAUCUCCGUCAUGAAUUUCUCCCUCACUCAUGCCGGACUUACCGAACAACUGAUCUCCUCCACCAUCAGACAAGAAAACCCCCAACUGGAGGAGAGCAAAAAGGAGCUUGUUCGAAGAACAGAAGAGCUCCAAGAGCAGCAGUAUCAACUGCAGGAGCGUCUGUUGGAGGAUAUGGCCAACUCCACCGGUGAUAUCCUCCAGAACACCAAACUAAUCGAAUCUCUGAACGAGACUAAGGCCAGUUAUACGGCAGUGUCAAAGUCCAUAGCCGAGCAGGAGGAGAUAGAGAAGAAGCUGGGGGAAGAGUACGAUACCUACAGGAUUUUAUCGUCGUUUGGUAGCGCUUCCUUCUUUGCCGUCAAUGAUUUCUCCAAUUACAACGUCUUGUACACGAUGUCAGCUUCGGCGUAUACUAGGAUAUUCCUGAAGACCGUGGCUUCUUUCCAGUCGAUGUUGGAGAACGUGGAGAUGAGGAAGAGUCACUUGAUAAACGCGACGUAUUCAUUCGCAGCCCGAGGGAUGUUCAAGGAGGAUAGGAUAAAGUUCGGGUUGCACUUGAUGCAGAAAAUGUUCCCAGAGAAAUUGUCCCAAAACGAAUGGAGAGUCUUUCUGCAGCACGAAUCCAGGACAAAUCAGCAGAACGUUCCAGAUUGGAUACCCUCAAAUCUGUCUUACGGCGUUCAAAACUUGCAAAACGGACUGCCGGAUCUGUACGCCACCCUGAGGCUCGACGAAUCCAACCUAUGGAAGGAUUUCAUGAUCGUCGAAAGUUGCGAAACCCGUCUUCCUAACCAUUGCAAGUUGACGGAUUUCCAGAAGGUGCUCGUGGUUCAGGCACUGAGACCCGAUAGGCUGUAUUCUGCCAUUUCGAAUUUCCUCAGUCACUUCACGGAUAACUUCGUGUUGGACUUUCACCAGAUUUACAAGGAAUCUCUGUGUUUGGAACCCAUACUCUUGUUAACCACCUCUGGAAACGAUCCAAGUAAUGAGAUCAGGGAUCUGGCGACAUCACUGGAGAAACAGGAUUAUAAGGAAAUUGCAAUGGGAGAAGGACAAGAAGAAGAAGCCAUAUCGGCGUUGAAAACAGCGAUCAAGACUGGAGGAUGGUUGGUUCUCAAGAACCUCCACUUGGUCACCUCCUGGUUGCCGAUCCUGAGUCAAAACCUGCAGACGCACCACCAUGAGAACUUCAGAUUAUGGCUGAUCACCGAACCCAACGACCGCUUCGAUCACGUGCUCGCGCAGAACAGCUUGAAGGUAGUUUACGAGGUUCCGAAAGGGUUGAAGUACAACAUCCAGAGGACGUACCACAGUUGGGGAGCAAAAUACGUAGAAAAGUUGCCAAGCAAUUCGGCCAAGAUAUUCUUCGUGGUGGUUUGUUUGCACGCCAUUCUGCAGGAGAGACGGACCUACAUACCUCAAGGAUGGUCGAAAUGGUACGAGUUCUCCGACGUCGAUUUUUCCACCUGCGUGAAACUGCUGGAGGAUAUUUGGCAAUCGAAUACCAUCCAGGUACCUUGGAAUAUAAUAAGGGGAAUCUGCAGCUCGGCAGUUUACGGGGGGCGUAUUGAAAACAUCGACGACAUGGCCAUCCUUGAAUCCUACCUCAGGCAGUAUUGCAACGAUGAGGUUCUCAGUCACAGAUGGAGGCCAUUUGGGAUGAAGAACUCCUUGCCCAGCUCUUCUGAUUUCGAUGAUUACCUGAAACUCAUUGGAGAAAUUCCAUCCAAAAUAUCCCCCUCCUUUUACGGUCUACCCAACAACAUAGAUCGAUCUUGGCAGAUACAGAAAUCUUCCGAAAUAAUCAGCGACUGUAAAAAGCUGAAAAUUUCAAAAUCUAUAAACUCAAAGUUCGAUUUGGACUUAUGGUGCAAGGGUCUAGGUCCUUUUCUGAGCCUAUGGAAAAAAUUGAACCAAGGUCACGAUUUCGUUAAGACGCAGGUGUCUGACUCUGGUUCUUCAGAUGGUGCAUCUCCUAUUGCGAUGUUCUUGGAAGAAGAGUUUCGUUUUAUGAUACGUCUCAUUCAGAAAAUUCACAAAAGUUUCUCUGGCCUGAAUAGAAUAUGUAAGAAGGUAUCCCUUCCUGAAGACGCGGCUAUUGAAACUGGAAAUUAUCUCCUGAACUACAAGACACCGAAAGUUUGGCAAAGUAUUUGGGAAGGGCCUUUGGAACCGACUAAAUAUCUCCGAAGCAUUUUCGCCAAAGCUGUGGCUUUCUCAGGCUGGUCGAAGCAAAAUCUCAACGAACUAUUGCAGAAACCGAUCUCCUUAUCUUCUCUAUUUCACCCAGAAGCCUUUUUAGCCUCACACAAGUUAGAAUUUUCAAGCAAGCAUAACGUGCCUCUGGAUCAAUUGACGUUAGAGAGCUACUGGAGACCGGGGACAGCUAACAGUUUGAUUUUAGCCAAUCUGCUGUUGGAGAGUGCUGUUUUUGACGGCAAUACGCUCAGGAUGGGUGAUUCUGACACCGAUAAUAUAACCAAGGUUCCGAACUGUUAUAUAACUUGGAAGGACAAGUCCAUUUCCGUCGACCAGAAUGGUAGUAUUGGGAUACCACUGUAUUUUACUUCUUCGAGAAAUAAAAAGUUGACAACACUGAGGGUGCCUUGUGAUUUGAAAGAGAAAGACAAAUGGAUCCAAGCUGGUGUUGCAUUUUUCUUGGAAGUGUAAUAAUUAUUGGUAUUGUCUUUCGUUCGGAAGUUUGAAUAAAUAUUCAUUU